AAGUUUCCUUUUUCCAACGAUACUCCGUACUGAAAUAAAAUGCUACAUUUUUUAAAUAUAGAAUAGAGAAAAUGCUAUAUUUUGCAACAAAUGUUGGAUUCGAAGGAACACGGGUUGAUUGUAUAUAACCAGAAGGAUUUUCGUAAAUACAUACGUGUCUCACCCUUGCGAAUAAACAAGGUGGACGAAGGGAUAAAUACAGAGAAAUAUAUAGAUAGAGGAAAAGAAAACCGUAAUUAAAGUGACGAAGGAGGGUUACACGGGGGUAGAUAUAAUUUAAGGAGGGAUAAGAAGAAUGGAAAGGGUGGGUGGAAAAAGGGCAACAGCCAGCAAACAAGGGCGGCGCAAACGCGCACCUCGCGCAUGCUGCUUCGGCGAGGGCAAAAGACAGGGAUGAACGAAAGAGAGGUUACUGGGCUGACAAUGAGAGGGAGGAAGAGAGAAGUGGCAAGUUGUGCGGCAACAUUUCUAGUCGCGAUGAAUCGCGUGAAAGACGAAUAACGUGCUCCGACCAUUUACAUUUGCAUUCUUUGAUACGAAACAACUAUUGUCUUCGUGAAAAAAGGAAAGAGAGGGAAAGCCAUUUCGGUGCUUCCGUCCAAAGUGAUAUAGAACGAGAAUCGAGAUUAAGAUAUCUGGGAUCGUUUCGAGAUGACGGAUGCUGCAGAUGAUAGUGCACAAGGAGACUCAACAGCAUGUGGUAACAUUCUCGUUGUAUUGUCAUGGAUUGUCGUAAUUUUGACGAUGCCGUUCUCUCUCUUUGUCUGCUUUAAGGUCGUGCAAGAAUACGAGAGAGCUGUUAUAUUUCGAUUGGGACGUUUAUUAUCGGGUGGUGCUAAAGGCCCCGGAAUUUUCUUUAUUCUGCCGUGUGUGGACAAUUACGCACGCGUUGACUUACGAACGCGAACGUACGAUGUACCUCCUCAAGAGGUCUUGACGAAAGACAGCGUUACAGUAUCCGUCGACGCAGUGGUUUAUUAUCGCGUUAACAACGCGACCAUUUCGAUUGCGAACGUAGAGAACGCGCAUCACAGCACGAGACUAUUGGCCCAAACAACCUUGAGGAAUACUAUGGGGACUCGACCGCUUCAUGAAAUAUUGAGCGAACGUGAAACAAUCUCCGGAAAUAUGCAGGUUGCCUUAGACGAAGCUACUGAUACAUGGGGAAUAAAGGUUGAACGAGUCGAAAUCAAAGAUGUGCGUCUACCUGUACAACUACAGCGAGCCAUGGCGGCGGAAGCCGAAGCCGCACGUGAAGCACGCGCUAAAGUAAUUGCCGCGGAAGGUGAACAAAAGGCCAGCAGGGCUUUGAGAGAGGCGUCGGAAGUCAUCGGCGAUUCUCCUGCUGCUUUGCAGCUCCGUUAUUUGCAGACACUAAACACAAUAUCAGCGGAGAAGAAUUCUACCAUUGUGUUCCCGCUACCGAUUGAUAUGCUGACUUAUUUCAUGAAAGCUCUGCCGAAAGAAUAAUCGCGUAUAAAAAUGUCGCAUUUGUGAGACAUAUAAGGAAAAAAAGAAUGACGAUUUUCUUCAAACUCUUUGAAAAAUAAAGAGUUUCGUUUGACGAUGUAUCCGCGUAUGUUAGACAAGGUUGCAUAUUAUAUCUCAACGAUGAAGAGUUGCCAAUAUUUGACCAAUCUGACAAUUUUAAAUUAAACGGGCUGUAAUCGUUAAGUGAUAUAUUAUAUGCACAUGGAUAAUUGUAAGUUGUAUAAUUUCGUCGUGCAAGAUUCUUCAAUUCGAAGAAUUAUAUACGCGCAUACAGAUACAGUACACAGACUGCGUUUAAAACAUAUUUUUGGAAAAUCUUACAAAGUUAUAUUUUACACACAUUUACAUGCUGUAAAAAGUAUGUAAACGUAUGUUUAUAACACAGACAUAGAAUGUAACUGAACGACAUCGAUAUAUAUUUGCGUAUCUCCCAAUUUUGACGCAAUAAUUUCACUUGGGUCAAAUAUAUAUUUAUAAUCAACACUCGACACUGAAAAAAAUACAAUGAUUAGAUAUAUACACUUAAUAAUCCGUUCACAGAUUUCGCACUGCCACUAACAUCAAAUUGUACAAAUUGUGUAAUAUUUGUACAAACUGCAAUCCAUUUUACGAUAUAAUAAAUUUUGAACGAUUAA